AUGGAGAAACGCUUGGAAUUGGAAAUGAGAGGCCGUGAGCCCCAUGAGAUUUUGACCCUGACGUUGGAUAAUUGUCGAACAACGCAAAUUGCCGGAAUUACGGAUGAAUUUGUUAAACUCGAAACUCUCAGUUUAAUAAAUGUUGGUUUGACUACACUGAAAGGUUUCCCCAAUUUGCCGGCAUUAAAGAAGCUUGAACUCAGCGACAACAGAAUUUCAGGGGGACUAGAAAACCUUGUUGGAUGCCCAAAUUUGGUCACACUUAACUUAAGUGGAAAUAAGAUAAAGGAUCUGAAGGAGCUGAAAAAUUUGAAAACGUUAGAUCUGUACAACUGUGAAGUAACAGGGCAAAAUGACUUUCGUACAAAAGUAUACGAAAUGAUACCUCAUUUGUGCUAUCUUGACGGUUUUGAUCGUGAAGAUGUGGAAGCCGCAGAAUCAGAUAGUGUUGAUGACGAAGACGAAGAUGAAGAGCCGGAAGAAGAAGAGACAGAAGAGGAAGAUGAAGAUGAUGAAGAAGAAGAGGCUGGCGAUGAGGAAGUCGGUCUGGACUAUCUUCAUAGCGAACAUGUGCUCAAAGUACUUAAUGCAAUUUUUUUAUUUUUUCUUGCUUGA